GCUGGGUGUGGGGCGGCUCCGGGGCCGGGGAUGGCGGCGGCCGCGGUGGCGGCGGCUCCGGGACGAGCGGGAGGAGUCCUGGGAGCUCCGUGAGAUGGGCCGGCUCCCAAGCCAGAGGGGAGGACACUUGCUGCAGCUGCUCAGAGGCACCACCAGAAGCUCAGCAGAUGUGGGCACCACAGCCAGCAGCAGAGUGGGGUGCAGGGAAACCACAGAGAAAUCACUUCUGAUGCCCAAAGGAGCAAGCAGACUCCAUCCAGGCUCCGGGAACACCACAAAGCAAUAUGAAACCUGUUCAUGAGCGGAGUCAGGAAUGCCUUCCACCAAAGAAACGAGACCUCCCUGUGACCAGCGAGGAUAUGGGGAGAACUACCAGCUGCUCUACAAACCACACACCCUCCAGUGAUGCUUCUGAAUGGUCCCGAGGGGUUGUGGUGGCUGGGCAGAGCCAGGUGGGAGCCAGAGUCAGCCUUGGGGGUGAUGGAACUGAGGCCAUCACUGGUCUGACAGUAGAUCAGUAUGGCAUGCUGUACAAGGUGGCUGUGCCACCUGCCACCUUCUCACCAACUGGCCUCCCAUCUGUUGUGAACAUGAGCCCCUUACCCCCCACAUUUAAUGUAGCGUCUUCACUGAUUCAGCAUCCAGGAAUCCCCUAUCCCCCAGUCCACUAUGCCCAGCUGCCAUCCACCUCACUGCAGUUUAUUGGGUCUCCUUACAGCCUUCCUUAUGCUGUGCCACCUAAUUUCCUACCCAGCCCUCUCCUCUCUCCUUCUGCCAACCUUGCCACCACUCACCUUCCACACUUUGUGCCAUAUGCCUCACUCCUAGCAGAAGAAGCUACUCCUCCCCCACAGGCCACAUCCCCAGCUCAGUCAUUUAACAAAUCCUCUUCUGCCACCUCCCCCGCCGGCCAGUUGCCACAUCACUCGAAUACUCAACCACUGGAUCUUGCUCCAGGCCGGAUGCCCGUUUAUUAUCAAAUGUCUAGGCUACCUGCUGGAUAUACCUUGCAUGAAACUUCAACAGCAGGUGCCAGCCCCAUUCUUACCCCUCAGGAGGGCCAGUCUGCUCUGGAAGCAGCUGCUGCCAAUGGACAGAGACAACGAGAGCGAAGUGUAAGACGAGAGAGUGAAGCCCUUGACUCCACCAGCAUCAAGGGUGAAAGCCAAGGACUGGUGCCGGUGGUAGAAUGUGUGGUGGAUGGACAGUUGUUUUCAGGUUCUCAGACUCCGAGGGUGGAGGUGGCGGCGCCAGCGCAUCGAGGGACUCCAGACACCGACCUAGAGGUCCAGCGGGUAGUCGGCGCCUUAGCUUCUCAGGACUAUCGUGUGGUGGCAGCUCAGAGGAAAGAUGAACCCAGCCCUCUUAACCUAUCCCAUCAUGCCCUUGACCAUCAGGGUGAGGGACGAGGGUCAGCCAGGAAUCCUGCAGAACUGGUGGAGAAAAGUCAGGCCCGUGUGUUCUACCCUCAAUCCCAUCAGGAACCAGUAAAACACAGACCUUUACCCAAAGCAAUGGUUGUAGCCAAUGGCAACCUGGUGCCCACUGGAACUGACCCUAGCCUGUUGCCUGUGGGCUCAGAGAUCCUGGUUGCAUCAAGUCUGGACAUGCAGGCUAGAGCCACCUUCCCAGACAAGGAGCCAACGCCACCUCCUGUUACCUCCUCCCACGUGCCCUCCCAUUUCAUGAAAGGCGCCAUCAUUCAGCUGGCUACAGGGGAGCUGAAGCGGGUAGAGGAUCUCCAAACCCAGGAUUUUGUGCGUAGUGCCGAAGUGAGUGGGGGGCUGAAGAUUGACUCUAGCACAGUCGUGGAUAUUCAAGAGAGCCAGUGGCCUGGAUUUGUUAUGCUGCAUUUCGUGGUUGGUGAACAGCAGAGCAAAGUGAGCAUUGAGGUGCCCCCUGAGCACCCCUUUUUUGUAUAUGGCCAGGGCUGGUCCUCCUGCAGCCCUGGGCGGACUGCACAACUCUUCUCUCUGCCCUGCCAUCGGCUACAGGUGGGAGAUGUCUGCAUCUCUAUCAGUUUACAGAGCUUGAACAGUAACUCAGUUUCUCAGGCCAGCUGUGCUCCCCCAGGGCAGCUGGGUACACCCCGAGAAAGGCCUGAGAGGACAGUCUUGGGGCCCAGAGACCUAUGUGACAGUGAGGGGAAGAACCAGCCUUCAGGAGAGGGUUCCCGGGUGGGAGAGCCCUCCCAGCCUGAGCCUGGUGCUCAGGCCUGCUGGCCAGCCCCAAGCUUCCAAAGAUACAGCAUGCAAGGGGAGGAGGCACGGGCUGCGCUGCUCCGGCCCUCUUUCAUUCCACAGGAGGUAAAGCUGUCCAUCGAAGGGCGUUCCAAUGCAGGAAAAUGAACCUCUUUCCCAACCCAGGACUGGGCUUUCUCCCCAGAGGUGAGCCUCACCGUGAGCAUCGAGAGGAUGUGCACAGCCCAAGCAGAGGAUGGCUCUCUUGGCAGUGAGAUUUGGGGGGAAAUAGGCGUUAAGACAGCCUCCCAAAGCAGGAUGUGUUGCUCGUUAUCCUCUCAGGACAGCUCUAGAGGGUGCUGAGAUGGGGAAUUGCAGACUUGGAGCAAGAAAGGGUAGGAGUGCACAUAGGAUAAGAAACAUUCCAAAAUCAGGGCCUCCCUGUUUUUUCCUACUCAUCCCUGGCUCCUGCAAGGGAAAGUACAGGCUUUGGGAGCAGGUGGCAGAGGGAGGAAGCAAAAGAAAGAGCCAACAAUGAUGAUCACAGCUUAUAGUAGCAGUAAAACUGUUUUCCUUCUUUUUUCCUGUCUCCCUCCCCUCCUUUGUGGUGGGAGGGCAGGAGGCCCAAUGGUUGAAAAUAAGAGGGUUCCCACCCAGAACUCUUCUUGUGAGAGACGUGCACUUUAAAGGGUGGUUUUGUUACAGAUGUUUAUGGCGGGGGUUUGGGGUGGGGCAGCACCAUGAUCUACGGAACUAUGCUUGGUCCUUCGCUUCUGACCAUCUCACCUCACCAUUCCGCUAUAAGGCUUUCUAGCAGUUUAGGGUCAGGAGAGAGAGAGAGAGAGAGAGAGAGAGAGAGAGAGAGAGAGAGAGAGAGAGAGAGAGAGAGAGAGAGAGAGAGAGAGAGAGAGCCCUUCAGGUUUGAGAAUGAAGGACUGUCUUGCCAGGAACCCAGUCGGGGCUGUGGAGAAAAGAUUUGACUGAUAGAUGAUGGAACUUAGGCAAAGCUUUUGAAAGGCCACUAACCUAAGCUCCCACUUAACCUGUCAGGCCCGCUUGCUUUGAUACUUCAUUCAGUCUGUAGUAGUAACUUCAGAAAGACCUGGAGGGCCUUUACCCCUAGGCACCCACACUCCUCCAUUGUCUGUCUAUGUUGUGCCUUAGUGCCUGCACUGCUCCUACCCUUCUGCUGCCUGACCUCUGCAUGGCGUCUUGACCUGGGCCUCAUGUGUAGCUGCACUGCCUUUGUCCACUAAGACCUCUAGUUUUUGGUGUAUAAGGGUCCCUGGUUUCCCUAUCAGCUAUAAUUUUUAUAUUUAGAAACUCAAAAUCAUGUCCUCUUCCACUGGCAGCAAUAUAGUGGGGAAACAAGAAAGAAACUGUGCCCUAGGCUGGGCAUUCCCACUCCAGUGGAUGUCUUGGCCUCUUCCCAUUGCAGUCCAUUGCCUCUCAGCAUUUCAGCCUAAGUUGUUCCCUCUCAGUAUCAGCUCUGAAAGUCUAGAGUAGUCUCUGUAACAUCUUAGCAGAUGUUUCCUUGUAUGGUGGUGGAUUCUUCUAGAAAGAGUAUUUUCUGUCUUGGUUGUAUUUGCUACAUCUGUCUGUCUUAUUCCCACAUUUCCCCUACAGCUUGCAGUUGUGUCAGCUUGGACUGUAGGAUUCCAUUGGGUAUUAGGAUUUAGAUUUCCCUCCCCCCACCAACUUUCAAGUGGUUGAGUAAUUUUUUGUGAAGGUUUUUUUUUGGGGGGGGGGAUGGGGGGGAGACAGCUUUCUUUAGACUCUUGAAGGCAACUCAGGGUAUUGUCCACCCAGCUGUGUAGUUAGACUUCUCCCAGGGAAUGAUUGUGGCAUUUCCUUCAUAGAUAGACUUGGACCAGCCAUCUGGAUAUGGCCUGUCAUCAGGAGUCCUACACUUCUGAAGUAUGAGCAAAACUUAAGGCAAGUCUUGUGAUCUCUUUUUCACUUCCUCCCCAGCUGCCAAAUGGGGAUAAAUAAUCUUACCUACCUCCUGGGGGAGGGGGAGUUCUGAGAAUGGAGUCAUUCUUAGUGUUCAGGUGCUAAAGGUUGUUCCCUUUGGGAACAGAGUGACAGAAACUGGCUAGUUUGCUCUAAAUCCUACAUUCUGUUUCAUACCUUGAGAGCAGAUCCCUGGUCAGCGAGCUUUUAGGGGGCAUUCAAAGGAUGCUGCUUAACCUGACCGCAAGUACUGAAGUCUCUGUGUUAUGUCAGAGUCAAACACCGGCCUUGUGCUACAUUGGAGAGCACAUUCCUCCCCUUCUUCUGCCCCCAUUCUCUGCUGCUUCUCUGGCUUGUUUCCUACAGUGGGGGCCUGUGGGGUUGAGUCUUGAGGAAUUCUCUCAGAUGAAAGCUGUAGGAGAAGGCCUCAUCUCCUGACUGUUAGAUGACCAACUCAUUCCUAGGUAUUAUUGCAUGUGUGGGCUUCUCACAAGGCCCCUUUCCUCAAAAGGUUCAUCAUGGAGUUUAGUGACAUGCACUGUAGAUGCUCAAGAAGUGUCUACCCAGGAUACCACAGGGCUUCUUCCUCUGGGGGCAAACAUGUAAUUGGCUAGUAUUUGAAGUCAAAUCGCUCUGUACUUGGACGGCUUGUAGCUGAAUCCUUGGAAAAAGAAAUUGUUAAGGGCCUUGACAAAUUGGGCGCUGACCUUUCUGCUGUGGUUCCUUUUCUUAUCCCUGUUUGGUAAAAACAAAACAAAAACAAAAAUGGCAACUCCCUUAAUGUGGCGUCAUGCAUAUGUAACUUGAUUUUGCUGAGAGCUACCUUUACUGAAGUAUGCACCCUAGAAAAGAAGUGUGUGCUGAUGCUUGUCAGAGCUGUGGCAGUACUUAACCCGAGUAUGAAAGGGACAUGAAUGGCUUUUAGAGUGAGCAUUUCAAUGGUGUGCUGUCAGCUUUCGGGGACUGGGCAAUUGACAAAGACCAGCUUGGUCCUAGUGAAUGGUAGGACACUCCCAAAACUUGAAGAACUGCUAUCUGAAGCUAUCAGAAAUACUUACGCCAAUAUAGAAGGGGAACUUGGUAAAGGAUGAUGAGAAGUGGGGAAGGAGAUUGGGUCCUCAGAGCUGAGAGCUUAUACCCAGUAGAGGAGCCCAAGAAGAGCUAGACUGAGCCCUCUACACUUACAGUCCCAUUUGGUCUUAACACUAUGGCCUUUGUUUGCUCUGUGCUGCUUUGCCACUGCUGUUGUCUGCUCACUGUCCCGCCUGUUGCUCAUGAUAGCUCCUGUCCUUCAUGUCUCUGGCCAUGUAGACUCUCAGGCAUCUUGUCCAUUUUUAACCUGUGUUCUGCCAGUAUGACUGCAUAGCACAGUCAUAUUGAACAGGCAGGUGUGAAUGCUGUUGAUGGGCUGGUAAAUCUGAGGGAGGCAGCUUCAGUGCUCUCAGGAACCCUUAGGCUCCAAAAAUUUGCCUGCCUUGAGAGAAAAACAAACAGAUCUUUUCUCUUUCCUUUAUGGUACUUCUCAGAACAAAAGGAACUGAGUUAGGGCUUGAGGCAGCAUCCCAGUGCAUUUGUCUAGCCCGAUUCUGGGGUUAAGAAAGUGAAGUUUGGCUGAAAUAGCUCCUCAAGUUGCAUUUUAUUUUAUUUUUACCAGUGGGUAUUAGAGGCAUUUUUAAGAGAACAGGAUGGUAGCAUAAUUCAAACCUGCAUUGAGCAGGAAUAUUGAAGAGUUGGGUGGUCACACUGGUGUGAGCUGAAGAUGGAUAUUGGGAAAGGCUCAGGCCAUUGGGGUAAAGAUAACCAGAUUGAUCCAAUUGGCCAUGGGAACUUCGGCCACGGUCUUACAAGUGAGCAGGACAAAGGCCAUGUUGUAGAGAUGUGUUAACUUCCUAGGACUAAGUUUACUAAACUACACUGAAGCUAUACUUUCUAGAUCAGAAAAAUUGUACACUACAGUUGAAGAGCUGAAUUCUACUAUGGAUGGAUGUUGUGAGCCCUUGCUUGGAAGCCUUCCCCUUCUAGCUUCCCCAGGGUAGGAAAGGUCUCCCACAUUAUGCAAUAAUAAAAGAAGCAUCUGGGUCUUUGCAGCUGUCAGUUGUUUUUUCAACUCUAGGAUCCAUCUUUGGACCAAAAGUCUGGUGUGGGCCUAGGAUGACAUUGGCCCUUGAUGCUAGAGUUGGCUGCAUUCUCUCCUUACCUGCAGACUAUGCACAGUUCCUGGAGCAGAGGGAGAGCUGGUGUGGCUUGCCCUGCUGAACCUUCUCAGCAGGAAUAAUAGUAAUAAAUGCACUUUUCACACUAAAGGUUUGUUAGUUCUCCUGUUACGCCUAGAUCUUUCCCUAGUAGAUUGCAAACUCAACAGUCUGUGUGAUCCCAAAGCCAUUCCACUGUAAAUGCCUGGCAGUAAAGAUGGCCCCAGACUGGGUUCCUGCCUGCAGUGUGUGUGGCGGUAGCCCAUGUGCCUUUACCUAAUGUCAGAUUUGCAAGCGUUUAGUCUGUCUUUAUGUUAGGGGGUCUUAGGAACUUCAGAGAGAGAACCGAUGACAGUGGUUUUCUGCCCACCCCACACCCUGCAGGGACUUUGCUUGUGCUUGUGAAUGGUGAGGGUGGGUGAGCUGCUGGUAUUGCUGAAGGCAGGGAGGACCCUCACCUGCUUCAUAGUGCACUCACUGAAUUGGAUUGGGGAAGAGACUGACUGUACUCAACGGCAAACUUGAAGUAUUAAAAUAAGGCUGUCCUCUACACACUCCCUAGUCACGCAGGAUCCCUGGAGCCAAAACAGUAUAUGUUCCAGCUGCAAAGAGCAGACUGCUCUCAGCUUGCAUAGCACCUUAGGGGAGGGAAGAUAGUUGGAUAGGUAACGGGGUGGAGGAAGGAUGGGAAUUUUGUCAUCCAGGUGGCUUUAGGGUCCUAAGGAAUAGAGAAGAAUGGCACUGGGGAGGUCUGGAUGGAUCUGGUUUGUGUAGGAGUUCCCUGUAGAUAAAUUACUGGUCCCCCAACCACUAUCCCCAGUAUGUAAUGGCUGAAUUAAUAUGUAAUCAAUUGCAUUGUAUCUAAAGCCUUAGAACUAGUCAGGUGCUCCUCCCACCCAGUACCAUUUCUUACCCUCUAAUCCUACCUGAUCUUUAACAAAGCAUUAAUAAUUCUAAGGAUAAUCUCUAUUUUGUUGUGCUUUUUUGUAACUGUUUUAAAUAAAUCAAUUUGUACUGUAUAUUUGUACUUUUGUGAGAUCCUUUUUGCUGUUUUACCAUUUUAAGUCUCUGUACUUGGCUACACACAGAUUGUAUUUUUAUUGUUAAUGCUCUCUUCUUAUGGAUACCUGCAUUUAACUUGUGGACUAUGUAAACACAAUAUAUAUCAAUAUCUAUAUAUCUAUAUAUCGAUCUAUAUAAACUACUAGCUUUUC